CUGCUCCCAGGGCAAGUACCCGCGUUGAUGCUGGCACUGGGAACGGGGCGGAUGAUAAAGUGGGAGGCAGUCUGCCCAGUGGCAACUGACCUGAUUUCAUGAUUUCCCCAGGUCCAUCCGAUUCCCGCCAACGUGCUCAGACUUGAGCAGUAGGAGUCGGCUGGGAGAAGGAUGGGGGAAAGGAACCGAAAACAGUUAAGGGAGGCUCUGCAAGCUUCCACCUCCCACACUAAAAGAGUCGGACAGCAGAAGACUGCAGCGGAACCUUCCCUGCUGGGGGAGGAAAGUGCUGACUUUAACCAGUUUCUGCGGCCUCGCCUUCCUCUUCUUUCCUUUCUCCCUCUCAUUCAUUCACUGACGCCGCAGCGCUGAUCAGCACCGGCACAGAAGCGGCCUCCAAGGGACUAAAGGGAAUAACCGCAGCUCUGAGACCCGUGACAAACACCCAUCGUUGGGUGGGGCUCUAAUAAAGUCCGUUCGUGCCAAUAUUUUAUAAGCGACGUUUUCAAACAAUGUGAAGAUCCUUAUCUUUUUUUUUAUUUAUUUUUUUUUUUUUUUUUUUGGAUAGAGUCUCGAACUGUCGCCCGGGCUGGAGUGUAAAGGGGCGAUCUCGGCUCACUACAACCUCCGCCACCCGGGUUCAAGUGAUUCUCCUGCCUCAGCCUCCUGAGUAGCUGGGACUACAGGCGCCCACCACUACACCUGGCUAAUUUUUUGUAGUUUUAGUAGAGUCGGGGUUUCACUAUGUUGGCCAGGCUGGUCUCGAAUUCCUGACCUCGUGAUCCACCUGCCUCGGCCUGCGAAAGUGCUGGGAUUACAGGCAUCAGCCACCGCGCCCGACCGAAGAUCCGAUCCAUUUUAAGAUUUAUUCCUCUACGAUGGAGAAGUACGAAAAAAUUGGGAAAAUUGGAGAAGGAUCCUAUGGAGUUGUUUUCAAGUGUAGAAACAGGGACACGGGUCAGAUUGUUGCCAUCAAGAGGUUUCUGGAAUCAGAAGAUGACCCUGUCAUAAAGAAAAUCGCCCUUCGGGAAAUCCGCAUGCUCAAGCAACUCAAGCAUCCCAACCUUGUCAACCUCCUGGAAGUCUUCAGGAGGAAACGGAGGCUUCACCUAGUGUUUGAAUAUUGUGACCACACAGUUCUCCAUGAGUUGGACAGAUACCAAAGAGGGGUACCAGAACAUCUCGUGAAGAGCAUAACUUGGCAGACCCUGCAAGCUGUAAAUUUUUGCCAUAAACACAAUUGCAUACAUAGAGACGUGAAGCCAGAAAAUAUCCUCAUCACAAAACAUUCCGUGAUUAAGCUUUGCGACUUCGGAUUUGCUCGGCUUUUGACUGGACCGAGUGACUAUUAUACAGACUACGUGGCUACCCGGUGGUACCGCUCCCCUGAGCUGCUGGUCGGGGACACGCAGUACGGUCCCCCCGUGGAUGUUUGGGCAAUUGGCUGUGUCUUUGCUGAGCUGCUGUCUGGAGUGCCUCUGUGGCCAGGAAAGUCAGAUGUGGAUCAGCUCUAUCUGAUUAGGAAAACCUUGGGGGAUCUCAUUCCUAGGCACCAGCAAGUGUUUAGCACGAAUCAGUACUUCAGUGGAGUGAAAAUUCCAGACCCUGAAGAUAUGGAACCACUUGAAUUAAAAUUCCCAAACAUCUCUUAUCCCGCCCUGGGGCUCUUAAAGGGCUGUCUCCACAUGGACCCUAGUGAGAGACUGACAUGUGAACAGCUGUUGCACCACCCAUAUUUUGAAAACAUCAGAGAAAUAGAGGAUUUGGCAAAAGAACAUGACAAACCAACAAGGAAGACCCUAAGAAAGAGCCGAAAGCACCACUGCUUUACAGAAACAUCCAAGUUGCAGUAUCUACCCCAGCUAACUGGCAGCAGCAUCCUUCCAGCUUUGGAUAAUAAGAAGUACUACUGUAAUACCAAGAAACUUAACUACCAUUUUCCAAACAUUUAAAGGUGCUAGGAGACAUGAUUUUAAAAAAGGAAUCGAUAGAUUCUUUGAAGAAAAUAAAACUUAUACAGUUGAUUGAAAACAAUUACAAUGUUGAAAACAUACCAAGAGAAAACAUAAGCAAGAAACUGGGAGGCCACUUGGCACAAUACGAAGGGAAAUUCCAGAGCCAGUCUUCCAUGCUUGAUAAUGGUGUACAGAAAAGUGUUUGGAGUUUCACCUGUAUUUCAAUUUAUGUAAGCAGCCGAGCUUAUGAACAGCAUAUGAACUGUCCCAUACCUCUAGCAAAACCAGAUGAUGUCAAAAAGAUUUAUGUUUCACUUGUACCAAAUGCCACACAAGAAGAAUGGACUACACAAUACCUAUACAUAUUUCCUCCGAUCUCUGUUGCCUUGACUCCUAUCUCCUGCUUCUCAGAUUGUUUCAGCAUAUUUAAGGCUAGUUCUAUUUCUUGAAAUCAAAAUGUUUAAAAUCCCA